AUCUAGAGACCAUAACGUUGUCGAAAUGUAACUUUCAACAAAUUUAUCUCCUGUCACUGUUCCGUCAUUUAUUUGUCCGACAUAAUUUACUGUGCAUUUGUAUUUUUACGUAAUUUAUUUUGUCCGUUUAACGCUUGCAUUCGUUUCCAUACAAAAUUUUCCCCUCCGUUGUUUGUUCUUUGUCACGCACACUAAAUGGCUUCCCACAAGGAUAACGAAUUGAAAUUUUUCUCGAACAACUUUUGCACCAAUAUCCCCAUACUAUUACCGGUAAAGGAUGACCCGCUCAAAGAAAAAUCCCUGGCACAAAUGGGCUACGAUCCGAACGAUAUGCCCAAUUGGGGUGCCAUAUCACAGCCGAAAAAACCGAAACUCGAAAAUCUACUCCUUGCCAAGAUACUGAAAUACGAACAAACCAACGUCGAGAUUCACAUCGAGGGCACAAUAUUUCGAUGUCAUAUGCUCGUUCUUCAAUGCUAUUCGGAAUAUUUCUGUGAUCUGACCGGUACAGACAAGGUAGUCCUUCCGUCGAACAAAGUCACACCACAAUCAUUUUUCAUGCUGUACUCGUGGAUGCUGUCACCAGAUCCGAUAGUCGGUCGGGAGGGUAUCUUGGAGCUGUAUAAUGCCGCAGAAUAUUUGAAAAUCGAUGGUGUGUUGAGUCAGUGUUGGGCGUGUUUGGACGAUGCACAAAUUAGUGAAGAUGCUGCGUUCCUUCUCUAUUUGGAAGCACGACAAUUUCGGAAGUCGUUGAUUGAAGAACUGAUGAUUGCCAGAAUAUUUAAGUUUUUCUUGACACUCGUUGCAUCUGAGGAGUUUUUAAAAUUUGCUGUCGACGAAGUUGUGCUACUGCUAAAUUCCAAUUCGAUUGGAGUACAUUCCGAAAUGGAGGUCUUAUUAUCUGUGGUGCGUUGGGUCAAUCACGACUGGAUGGAACGAUCCAAGUACCUGAUAGAAGUUAUCUCGUGCGUUCGAUUCGGAUUGCUAACUUUACCCCAGCUGGUGUGGCUGAAGAAUAGUUGUGAUGCUGAAAUUAACGAAAUUAUUGACACACCCGAAGUGAAGGAGAUGAUAGAAGAUGCGAUUAGUUACAUCAUAACAAAAGGCAGUAGUAACAACUUAGAAGAUCUGUUCAAGAAACUGAAAGAAUUGAAGUUGUUUGAACCAGUCGAUCGAUUAUGGUUGGAGGAACACUAUUGCGAAGGUCAAGGCGAUGGUCAGGCAAGCUAUAAUUCGUAUAAAACAUUUCUCGAGUAUUUACGAAUGAUCAGAGAGACAAAUCCCCAUGGAUGGCGCAACGAAGUAGUUCGUGUUGAUAACGAAACGUUCUGAUCUGGGUCGAAAUUUUUGUUGUUUCUUUUUCUGUGUCAAAUUUCUUGUGGUAAAUUUUAUUAAAUGCAAAUGGGUGCAGCAACUGAAGUCAGUGGAUAUUGGAAUUU